AUGUCGUUUGCGGUCCCCCGCAACGUGCCAGCCUUCGGCGCCUCACAGCGCCAUCUCGAAGACCGCGUCUGGGGCUCCAACAGGGGCAUGGAGCUCCCAACGUACAAGGAUAAGCCCUUCUACCCCAAGACGAAGCGCUCCACCAUGCUCAGGAAGCGUUUCUUCGGUGCCCUCCUCUUCGCCGCAGCCACCCUCAUGUACUACAUGGGGUUCUUUACGUCCUCAAAUCCCUCGGCGCUCUCGCCCGGCGCCAUCAACUGGCAGGGCCGUCAAGAUCAAGUCCGGGAUGCCUUCCUGCUGACCUGGAACGCGUACGAAAAGUACGCGUGGGGUCACGACGAGUUCCAUCCCGUCUCCAAGACAGGCAGGGACAUGGUGGACGGCGGCCUGGGCUGGAUAAUUGUCGACUCCCUUGAUACAAUGAUCUUGAUGAACCUCACGACGCAACUCAAGCACGCGCAAGACUGGAUAUCCACAAGCCUCGACUACGACAAGGACCACGACGUCAACACGUUUGAAACGACGAUUCGUAUGCUUGGGGGCCUUCUCUCCGCUCACUACUUGUCGACAGAGCUUCCUCACUACGCCCCAAUGCACAUCGCGAAAGGAUCUCCCGGCGAAGACCUCUACUUGGAAAAAGCGAGCGACCUCGCCGACCGCCUCCUUGGGGCUUACGAGUCGAUGACUGGAAUCCCCUAUGCAAGCAUAAACCUGAAGUCCAGGAAGGGCAUCAGGUCCCAUGCGGAUGGCGGAGCUUCGUCGACAGCUGAGGCGACCACCACUCAGCUUGAGAUGAAGUAUCUGUCGAAGCUCACUGGCGAAACGUUGUAUUGGGAAAAGGCGGAAAAGGUGAUGAAAGUCGUCGACGACAUCGGUCAAAGGGACGGCUUGCUCCCCAUAUUCAUUGAUCCAGACGUUGGACGAUUCCGCGACAGCAACAUUCGCCUUGGCAGCCGCGGCGACAGCUAUUAUGAAUACCUCAUCAAGCAAUACCUCCAAACCUCGCAACAGGAGCCGGUUUACCGGGAGAUGUGGGACGAAGCCCUCACUGGCGUCCGCAAGCAUCUGAUCACAUACUCAUACCCGUCAAAUUUUACCGUCCUCGCAGAACGCCCGACCGGCCUCGAUGGCGGUCUAUCUCCGAAGAUGGACCAUCUCGUCUGCUUCAUGCCCGGCACAAUCGCGCUCGCCGUGACCGGCGGCUUGACUGUGAACGAGUUCAAAGAGGCUGGGAGCUGGAGUAAAGGACAAGAAGAAGCCAUGAACCUCGCGAAAGAGCUGAUGAAGACUUGCAUGGGGAUGUACAAGGUCACGCCCACAGGAUUGGCCGCCGAGAUCACGUUCUUCCGCACCUGGGAACCCCACAAGAUGGCUUGGGAGGGCUGGGACCUCAAAUCGCCAGAGUCUUUCGAUCCAGAUCGUAACGCAGAAUGGCGGGAUGACUUCGUGAUCAAGCCCAACGACGCACACAACCUGCUACGUCCGGAGACUGUAGAGAGCCUGUUCUACAUGUGGCGCAUCACAGGAGAUGUCCAAUAUCGUACUUGGGCCUGGGAGAUCUUCCAGGCUUUCGUUGAGCACGCCGUUGUUCCGGAUGACGGCGGCUUCAGCAGCAUAAACAGCGUGAAGCUUAUCCCAUCGCGGUUCAAGGACAACCUGGAGAGCUUUUGGCUGGCCGAGACGCUGAAGUAUCUCUUCCUGACCUUUGGCGAGGCCGAUGUCCUGCCCCUUCAAGACGUUGUGUUCAAUACCGAGGGCCAUCCAUUUCCGCGCUUCGAACUCGGCAAGCUGUUCAAGACUGGCUGGUCGAGGAAACCGAGGGACGAGUUCGGUCACAUCAAGCCUGACGCGCCGAAGAGGACCAACGCGAACUUGGAAGCCGUGAUCAACGAGAAUGUGAAGAUUCAGACAGUAGCUGUGGAGAAGACGCCUGACCAGCAUUGA